AUGUUCGCACUAUUAUUAAUAUUACUGUUAAUGGCAGAUAUUGGUUAUGGACUCCAAUGUAUAACCAACUGUUCUCUUGGUAGAUAUCAAUUUGGUCAAAUAUUUAAUAUACCUGACGGACAAUGCCAACAACGAAUUUCAGGAUCUGUCUGUUCUAUUGAUAUAACGUUUGACUAUCACGAGAAUUGGUAUUAUGUAAGUUUUGACACUCUUAUGGUGUCGGCCGAUUAUUUUUAUAUUUCAUCCAUACCCUAUCUCUCUUAUUCAAUCAAGUAUCAAUGUUCGAAAGGAACUGAUUGUGUUCUUUCGUAUGCACAAAACAGAAUCAAUGAAAUGAUUAGUCGUAAUUACAAUGCACAAACCAUAUAUGGACAGCUUGCACCAAUUAUCGAGAAUUCUUCAAGAAACGGUUCAAUUCAAUGUUAUAAUAUGAAAAAUGAAAUAGUCGUAUGCACAUCUAAACAAUCAUGCUCUGUAGUUUACGAUCAACGAGAACGUAGGGUUGUAUCACGUGGUUGCAGUGAAAAUAAUGGACCUAAAGUUUUUGUUUAUGAUGGAAGAUAUCAUACAUCAUUUGAUGUUGAAUGUAAUCACAAUCUAUGCAAUACUGAUGAAACAUUGUCAAAAAUCAAAAUUGUAUUCAACAAUAAUGGUUUAACAGAUGCUAAUGGGCGACGAAUUGCCGAUGGAAAUAAACAAAUGGUUUCUUCUCUAUUAAUGACAUUGACUUUGAUUUUUAUUGCCGUUUAUUAUUUUUGA